AUGCUAUAUAGUAUUGGUGCUUUAAUGUUCAACUUAAAGUUGUACCAUAACAUUAAAUGUAUAAGUUUAGGUUGUACCAUAAAGCAAUUUAUACUAUUAUGUUAUGGUACAACUUUACAACUUGCUAUAGGUUUUUGCCUUUAUGGUACAACUUAAAAUUGUACAUUUAUGUUAUGGUAUAAUUUCAGAUUGUACCUAUACUGUUUGUACAAAUUCUUUUAUGGUACAACUUGAACUUGUACCUUUAUGUGAUGGUAAUUGUUACCAUCACAUAAAGGUACAAGUUCAAGUUGUACCAUAAAAGAAUUUGUACAAACAGUAUAGGUACAAUCUGAAAUUAUACCAUAACAUAAAUGUACAAUUUUAAGUUGUACCAUAAAGGCAAAAACCUAUAGCACCAAUACUAUAUAGCAUUGUAAAAUUUCUCCUCAUUACACUGGUACAUACUCUGUACAAUUUCAAUAACAUUGCUCAAAGCAAGUCUAAUGAAUCCAUUUCAGUUCCUCAUCUAAUUGACCCCUUGCUCUUUAAAUGAACCACUCCACGACGCCAAUGCCAAGUUGCACAAAAUCUGAAGCUGCUUUCUUUGCGUGCAAAAAGCUGCGUCGGAGAAGUCGGGUAUACCAACUUUGUUUAAAGUGGCUACUGACUAUUCACCUUAAUUCUGAUAAAAGUAACCUAAAUGCAAGUUACUGACUCAAAGGCGACAUUAACACUUUUCAGUAUGUAUACUAGCAAUAGCAUCAUCACCCUCGAUCGAGAGGCUCAUCCUUUUGGAAACUUAUGAAACCUCGAUUUCAUUGGCUUUAUAGUUUAUACCAUCAAACUACGUCGCCUUUAUACAACCCAGCUUACUUUCUGUGGUUAUGGUUAGUUUAAUUUAUAUCUGAAGAUGGAUGAGAGAUUGGAGACUUCAAAUGAAUAGCAAAAUUUUUUAGGACAAAGAUAAUUGUAAAUUAGCUUUCUGAUCGAGCACCCAUCAAUAAUGAUGCCAAAUAUUGGCAAUGGGCCGACCAGGGUAACUCAAUAUCUAAAUUUGCUUUGCAUUAAUAAAUUGUUGUGAAUAUUAAUGAAUUAUUUUUACUGAUAAAUUUAUGGGUUAAUUGCAUGGUUGGUCACUAAGAUUACAAAAAAUGUUCAAGUUUGGUCACUUGAAAUAUUUAAAUCCAUUAGUGGUAUUUCAGUUUACUGAAACCGUUCACGUUUGAUUACUCUCCCUCUAACUCCGUUAACUUUUGCUUAUGUGGCGGUCAACUCUAAAAGUUAACCGUUAAAUGUGUGACGUGGCAAUUUAAAAAUAAUAAAAAUAAUAAAAUUACAUUUUUCAAAAUUGCCAUCUCAUUUCCACCUCAUUAUCACUUUUAUGUAAAAUAAAUAAAAAAACUCUAAUUUCUUAUAAUCCCAAUACCAAUAUCCGGCGCACGCUGCCGCCGGCGCACUACUAUGCCAUCUAGGGGUGGCUAAUUUGGACCGGGACCGGAUUAAAAACCGGAAACCGGACCGUAUAACCCGGACCGAGACCGGGCCGGGACUGGAUAGUAAACAAUCUAAUCCAAUCUUUGGGCUUAGAUUUGAGGUAAAAGACCGGAUAAGAGAGCUCAACACCCAAAACUUAAGGGUAAUUUGCAUAAACGGUCACAAACCUUAGCACUUAGUACAAAACUUAACCAACUCCUCACCCUUUAAGGCCUUAGGCCACUCAAAUCCCACAAUAUCAAUGUAAAAUCAAGACCGAAUUGGGACCGGACCGGAUCAAGACCGGACUGUAUCCAAUCCAAUCUUCGGUCCUUAUAUUUUCAAAAAGACCGGACUGGACCGGAUCAAUUUGGGCCAAUUUAAACGGACCGGACAGUAUAGCCACCCCUAAUGCCAUCCACUGCCACGAUCUCUACGGCGACGACGACGUCCCAUGGGAGAUCUGGCGGCGCCUCCAGUCCUCCGACGAGGAACCCGACGAGGUCUACGCAUUCACCAAGCUCAAGAAGAAGGCAAAGCAAGAAUACGAAAGCGAGAAUCGAAAACACAACACACGAUUUACGUGGUUCACUAACACGAUAUGUGUUAGCUACGUCCACGGGCGAGAGAGAGCCAGUUUCACUAUAUCGAGGAGAUUACAGAUUACAGAGGAGUAUGAGAAGUAUUUAUAGUACUUCUCCAUGUGGGUCUAAACCUAAUUCAAUCUGGCAAAGGAAACGGUUACAGACCAGGCCCAGAACCCGAACCCAAAUAACACAGAACCCCCACCGGGGCGUUGCCCCUGGACCCACUCGCUGACCGGGCAGCGAGACCCCCGAUUACCAGUCGUAGCGGCUGAUAGUCCGAUUCAAGUCAUAUCAACACCCUGUUCAAGCUAGUCCGCCGUGCUCAAUCAGUGAUUGAGUAGGACGAGCGGUGGAUCGGUACGCGGAAGAAGUUCAGCUAUCAAAACCCUAAUCCCCAAUUCGCCGACGAGAACGCCUAGUGGAUCCUCCACCAAUUUAGCAUGAGAAGAGACGACGGUCGCAACAGCGACGACGAGAGCGAAGUUGUGUGUAUGAUCCGCAACAACGGGUCUACAAUAAGGAACGCGAUUAAGGAGGCGGCGAGGCAGUCGGUUCUCGCCGGAAGGAAGAAGAAGCUCAAAGAUUACAUUAGGAGAUUCUACUCCUCCAACGGCGGAUCUAAUGACGUUUCGACUUCUACUAAUAGUAGCAGCAAAAGAGUGUUAUUCCAAUUAGGCCCCGAAUCAAUCAUUGCAGCAGCAGCAGAAACAGGAACAAGAACCUCUCUUGACUUCCCAGAGUUCGAUUGUUCAAUUGUAGAUCCCCGCCUACGGUGGUGCUGCCACAACGGCAACCAGAAGGCUUGCAAGUUGCAACCAGUUCAAGAAGAAGAUUUGGAUGAAUUAGAUGUAAUUUCGAGCAUCGAUGACAAUUACUCGAACGGGGAAUUCGAUUGGGGAGAUCAAGGAUGCGGCGGGGGUAUGCUACCGGCGGAGUAUUGGUAUUAGAAGAAAUUAGGGUUUUUUUAUUUAUUUUAAAUAAAAAUGUUAAUGAGGUGGAAAUGAGAUGGCAAUUUUAAAAAAAUUAAUUUUAUUAUUUUAAAUUGCCAUGUCACACAUUUAAAGGUCAACUUUUUAGAGUUGACCCCCACGUAAGCAAAAAAGUUAACAGAGUUGGACGGAGAGUGAUCGAACGUGAACGGUUUUUGUAAAGUGAAGUACUAUCAAUGGAUUUAAAUAUUUCGAGUAACCAAAUUUGAAUGUUUUUUGUAAUCUCAGUGACCAACCAUGCAAAUAUGCAAUUAACCCAUAAAUUUAUUGAAUCCAUGAACUGAAUUCAACCCGUCAUCUCUCGACAAAGGUUUGAACAAUUGUAUGCACCUUGAACAAUUGUGAAGUUCCACAUCUUUCCUUAACCUCCACUAACUCAAAUGUCAUAUUCCAUCUUCCCAUUUCGCCCAUACCUAUCGACUUUUUCAUUUCCAUUUUCCAUGGCAGUAAGCCAUAUACACAUAUGGGUAAAGCACGGCGUUUCUGGUUAGCACAAAUGGGAUUAUGAUAUUACAUGUACUUUUUACCCAAAAAUCACUAGCAUAAUCGAGAAAACAUCCAGAUACAAAGAAUUACAUGACUGAAAACAAAUAAGAAAUAAAAUUGAACUCUACUAUUUUUGUCAUUAAAUGGGCAACCCUAUUACAUCUCCAACAAACAAAACGGAUGUGAAACACCUAAAACGAAUCUCUCAAACUUCAAAUCUCUUCCAAAACUGUGUCACCCAGAACAUCGCCGACCUGACCCUCCGGAAUCUUUCUAAUUAUAACUUAAAGCAUCGCCAGCAAAAAUGAUAUACUGUGUCUUCUUCCUAAAACACCACAUUUUUAAACCAAACUUUGGUCCUCAAUAUUCCAAAUGAAUCACUACCAUUUGAAAAGUAAUAUCCAUGACUAUAAAACAGAUGACCGUAUAGUGGAAUAAAUUUGACUUGGAAGCUAGCUAGUUUGCCUUUUAGUAGUCUAGCAACUAUGUAAUAAUUCUCUGUUCUUUAUCCCCCAUCGUCUCUUUCUUUCUCUUCAUUAUUUGAGUUCAGCAAUGGCUGGCUGCAUGAACAGCAAGUGGCUUUGCUAAGCCACAAAAAUCAUGUGUGUCAAUCGUGGCAACCACUCCACCUAACUCAUAUAAUAACAUGAGUUGGCGUAUGUAUGUAUGUAUGGAUUUUGCUGAGAUUAAUUAUGUAUGAAGUUGGGUCAUUACAUAUAUAAUAACAUGAUUAUUGCAUGAUCCAUGUGUGCCUUCUAAACUCAAAUCAAUGGAGCCAAAAUUGGAUAUAUAUCAUGCAUCAUCAAAAGGAUUGGGUUGCUUUUCUCUGAUUCGGUUGUUAUUAUUAUAUAAGAGUAGGAAUGGCGAGUUUGAGAACUAUGCUAAAACUCAUUUUCAAAUAUUCAAAUUCAUAUUUGUUCAAUAUCUAUGCGCGCGGGGAGGUUUUUCAAUCUUAUUCUUAUAUUUGUGAUUUUCGGGUGCCUAUGGCUAUUAUCUGCAUCGUACAUCCAACAUUAGUAUACCUGAAAUUUUACAUAUAUUUUUUCAAUUAUAACACUAAACGGACAUAACAAAUCGUAAUAAUAUAAGACAGGGGUGCAGAGACAAUCAUGAGGUUUGCCUAGAAGCAGCCACCCUUAAAAGAGUGCGUACUAGCUCACCAAUCGAGCGCUCCUGCAAUAUAUAAAAUAAACUUUGUAGCGAACUACAGACUUUUUUUCCUCCCCACAGAAAUAGCCGUACAUAGACAGAAAUGGAUUCUAUCUCCCACUCCCACAUGAUGGGGAAAAAUGAUCUUGAGAAGAUAAUAGUCUUAUUUGACCGCUAUACAUCGUUAACUUGAGAAAAUGAAAGAAUAGAAUUUAC